AUGAUUGCUAAAUUCAAAGAGGAACUUAAACAACAGGAUGCAAAAAUGCUAGAUCUUAAAUAAAUAUGUGAUAUCUAUUGCAAAUUGAAAAACUAUUAAUAAUAAUUGGAAGACGAAGAGACUAUCACAUAAGAAUACAUUGAUGCUUUUGUGGCUUUGGGAGGCAAUCCAGACAGAACUGGUGUUGUUUAAAAAUAGACCAUUUUUGAUAUUGUUCAAAGUGAGUUCGAACUUAAGAUUGAUUUGGAGUCUUUUCUAGGAGAUUUCCAAGGGAAUCAAUUGGAAUUUGAAGAUUUUUGUCAAUUAUUUGAGAAUGCUGGUGAAGAUGCUAAGUCUUUCAUUACUAGCUUUUCCCAGGCCAAACGCAAUAACAAUUCUGAUUUUACAGUCAGAUUUAAAGAUUUUGAAAAAUGGGAAAAGACUGCUAUGUGA